CCCAACCCCCUCCAACAACAUUCUUCUGUCCUCCCCGUCCUGCGGGCACCAGGACCGGCUGCUGGGCGUCUGUCUCGCGCCUGGCCGGUUGGAGGUUAUUUUUAGUGUCCGGUUGGUUCGUGUUGCAGUGUGGAGUGUCACGAAUAGCUCACUUUCCUCCACAGCUCAACCGGGAGACGCUCUUCACCGAGUUUAAAAGGAGAAUCCUGAGAGAAACACGGAUAUAACAGAUACAGGCCUCUCCGUGAGAAUUAACGGGCGGAACAACAAGCCCAGCUGUCCGUUAAUAACGGAGACAGGAUAUUUAAACCCCACGGGACACCACCGUAGCCUACUGAAACCGUUAUCAGAGAUGGCCAGCACCGGGGCUGAGCGGGAGGAACCUCACCUUCCCAGGGACGAACCGAGACAUCCAGAGCCUGCAUUCAGAGAGGCGCAGAAGUGGAUCGAGGAGGUGACGGGAAAAAGUUUCGGUGAGAAGGACUUCCGGAGCGGCCUGGAGAACGGGAUCCUGCUCUGCGAGUUACUGUGUUCCAUCAGACCAGGUUUGGUCCAGAAAAUCAACAGACUACCUUCGCCCAUCGCGGGACUGGACAACCUGUCAGUGUUCCUCAGAGGCUGUGAGGAGUUGGGUCUGAAAGGAUCCCAGCUGUUUAAUCCUGGAGACCUUCAGGACACCUCCAUCCAGGACCUCAGGGACUCAGAAUGCAGUAGAAAACUGAAGAAUGUAUUAAUUACAAUAUUCUGGCUGGGGAAGGCAUCCAGUGUGUGUCCAUCCUAUGACGGCCCUGUCCUAAACCUCAGAGAGUUUGAGGGACUGCGGUCACAGAUGAGAACGCUGAGUGAGGACAGGUCUGGGUCAGACAGUGUGAGGCCGAGGGACAGUGGUUACGACUGUUGGGACUCGGAGCGGAGUCAGUCUCUCUCUCCCCUACAACACACACGGGACAACUCCCUGGACAGCCUGGAUUCUUUUGGCUCGAGAUCCCAGACUAGCCCCUCCCCCGACGUCUUCAUCCAUGGCAACAGUGAUGUUGACUCAGACGGCGAUGCCCCCAACAGGAAGUCAGAUGUCCGUCGUGAUGACAUGUUAGCUCGUCGUACGUCGGCCGGUGAAUCACGGACCUUUGUUCCCUUUAACCAGUUCCUGCCCAAUCGGAACGUUCCCACCGCCAGACGCAGAUCACGCCCCCAGGAUGGAGAGCACGGCAGGUUGAGCAGGAGAGUGUCUAAGAUGUCUGAGGAGUUGGAGAGCAUCAGUAUAAUUAACAUGCACAGCAAGGAGGAGGGAGCGGGACAUCUUCAGCCUCUCGGCCAAUCAGGAUAUCAGGGCAUGCAGGAGCAGUACACCAAUCACCAGGAGGAGGAAUGGCAAGACGACCUAGCCCGGUGGAAGAGUCGUCGCCGCAGUGCUUCCCGGGAUCUGAUCAGGAAGGAGGAGGAGAGGAAGCGGAUGGAGAGGAUGAUGAAGGAGGAGGAGGGAGGCCACACCCAGAAGAAGAACAUCAAGACGUACAGGGAGAUCGUAGAGGACAAAGAGCGUAGGGAGGCGGAGCUGUGUGAUGCGUACAGGAGGGCGGGCUCUAAAGAGGAAGCUGCCAUGGUUCUCCAGCGUUACGCUCUCCGCUUCACCAUCAGUGAUUCAACGCUGGACAGUCUGCAGCUACCUAGAACCAUUACUACUGACCGGAACCCUGAGUCUAGAACACCUGCUACCAACCAGAACCCUGAGUCUAGAACCAUUACUACUGACCGGAACCCUGAGUCUAGAACACCUACUACCAACCAGAACCCUGAGUCUAGAACCAUUACUACCAACCAGAACCCUGAGUCUAGAACCACUACUACCAACCAGAACCCUGAGUCUAGAACACCUGCUACCAACCAGAACCCUGAGUCUAGAACCAUUCCUACUAACCAGAACCCUGAGUCUAGAACCAUUACUACUAACCAGAACCCUGAGUCUAGAACCACUACUACUGACCAGAACCCUGAGUCUAGAACCAUUACUACUAACCAGAACCCUGAGUCUAGAACCACUACUACUGACCAGAACCCUGAGUCUAGAACCAUUACUACUAACCAGAACCCUGAGUCUAGAACCACUACUACUGACCAGAACCCUGAGUCUAGAACCACUACUACUGACCAGAACCCUGAGUCUAGAACCAUUACUACUAACCAGAACCCUGAGUCUAGAACACCUGCUACCAACCAGAACCCUGAGUUUAAAACCAUUAGUACUGACCAGAACCCUGAGUCUAGAACCAUUACUACUAACCAGAACUCUGAGUCUAGAACCAGUACUACUGACCAGAACCUUGAGUCUAGAACCAGUACUACUGACCAGAACCUUGAGUCUAGAACCAGUACUACUGACCAGAACCUUGAGUCUAGAACCAUUACUACUGACCAGAACCCUGAGUCUAGAACCAUUACUACCCAGAACCCUGAGUCUAGAACCAUUAGUACUACCCAGAACCCUGAGUCUAGAACCAUUAGUACUACCCAGACCCCUGAGUCUAGAACUACUACGACCGACCAGAACCCAGAACGAGCUGGAAACGGACUAGAGGCCAGGCAGACUGACACAAAGCAAGAGCCCCGACACACCAAACACACACACACCCAACACACCCAACACACGCACACACACAACCACUCCACGCAAAGUCAGCACACCCUCCCCCCUCCCAUCUCCCCCCCCUCCCGGCCUCUCCCUCUCCUAACAGCCAAGCCCUACUGCCAGCCAGCACAGACGCAGCCUGGACACCAGCCCGUUAAGGUAGAUGGCUUGGUGAGGGUGAAUGGUGAGACUCUCCCUUCCUCACCCCUUCCCUCCCCCUCCUCACCCCUUCACUCCCCCCCGCCCACCGAACACCCUGGAGCCAAUCAGAAGACACAGGUGUCGGCCGUCAGCGCCCUGAUUGGAGGGAGGAGCUGUGUUGUCACGACGACCAUCGUGACGGAACUCACCCAGACACACCUGCGGCCGCGUCCGUUAGAUAUUCUCAGCAACACACAGGUGAUCGGCUCCAUGGCAUCGUCAAGGAGAUCGGGGGAGGAGGCUGGGUCUGACUCUUCGUUGCUUAGCAACCAGCACACCUGCUCCUCCUCGGUGACAGAAGGACUGGAGGGGAGCAGUGGGACUAUGGAGAGUCCCAUGUUGAACCUGGCUAAGCGUGUAGACCACUGGGUGUGGAACCCUGAGGAUGAGAGGAGACGACAGGAGAGGUGGCAGCAGGAGCAGGAGAGAUUCCUAAAGGAGCAGUACCUCAGGGAGCAGGAGAAACUGAAAGAGGAGUGGGAAAGAGCGCAGAGAGAGGUGGACGAGGAAGAACGAAGACACAACGAAGAGGAGAAGAGGAUCCUGGAAGAGACGGCCCGUUGUCAUCUACCUCCCCCAGAGCUCGCUGUUCAGACAGAAGGGAUCGUUCCGGCACAACAGAUCUAUGCAUCAUGGGACUGUGAGUCCUCCAGGGGUCAGGAGACGUCUCUGGACCUCAACCAGCCCUGCUCCGUCAAGAGGUCAGGAUCGUAUGAUGGCCCACAUCCACCUUCAUCAUCACCAUCAUCACCUCAACCACCCAGCAGGUGUGUGAGUGGUAAGCGUCGGUGUUCAGGUUGUAAUCAGGCGCUGGGGAAAGGAGCAGCUAUGAACAUCGACACGCUGGGCCUGUACUUCCACCUCACCUGCUUUAAGUGUGGAGUGUGUGAGGUUCAGCUGGGUGACACCAGUUCAGGAACAGACGUUAGGAUCCGUAACGGACUGCUGAGCUGUCAGGACUGCUAUGCAGCUGGCCAGCCGACUACGCUGUGAUUGGCUUACAGCCUGCAUCUGGAACCCUUCCCAACAUUCUGGAACAGUGUGGAAUUCUCGCUCUUAACUGGACACACAAACUUCUCCCAGAUGAUGUCAUGGAGACUGAACUGUCUGCUGCUAACGGAGGCUAACGGAGGCUAACGGAGGCUAACGGAGGCUAACUGAGGCUAACGGAGGCUAACGGAGGCUAACGGAGGCUAACGGAGGCUAACUGAGACUAACUGAUUCUAACUGAUGCUAAAGGAGGCUAACGGAGGCUAACUGAUGCUAACAGAGGCUAACUGCUAAGUGCUAGCGUUGUAACUGAUCAACCCGUUUUUCCCAGACUGACUGAGUACAGAAGCACAACCACUGAUCUACAACAGCACGCCCAGACACAUGCUACAUGCUAACACUAACACCAGCAGCAGUCGGGAAAUGUAGCCGCUACCUACCUUACUGUCAAAUCAGCUAAAUGAUAAAUGCUAACGGAUGCUAACUGCUAACGGAUGCUAACUGCUAAAUGCUACCGUUCACUCACCAUCAUAAUGCCUUAAUAACUCUGUUUUUGUUUUGUGUUUUAAGUAUUUUUUUACAUGAAAGAAAACCGUGUUAUUUGUUGUUGUUUGUUGUUAACGGUAGUUAGGCUGUGUGACUGAGGUGACAGGGUUUCCUAGCGACAGCCCUGACUACCGUUGUCAUGGUUACCUCCACGUUGUUGCGCGGCGAUAAAAGCUUUGUCUUUAUUCUAA